CAUUGUUGAGCUCCCCGAUUCCAGCACAGGCCGUCUCCACCAGUCGCCGCGCGAACCAAGGGUCGCGCAUACCGGAGGACGAGUUCACAACGCUGCCGACAGGGCUCAAGAUCUAUGACAUUCAAGUUGGCACAGGGCCCUUGGCCAAGCUGGGAGACCGAGUCACGGUGCACUACGUGGUGCAGUGGAAGGGCAUCACGUUCAUGACGAGCCGGCAGGGCAUGGGCGUGACAGGCGGCACGCCGUACGGCUUUGACCUGGGCUCCAGCAGCCUUGGCAUGGUGCUCAAGGGACUCGACCAGGGCGUUGAGGGCAUGCGCGCCGGCGGCGUGGUGAGUGUGCCCGCCCCUGCCCUGCCCUGCUUCUUCAAGUUUUGA